CAUGUUCCAGAAGUGCGAUGCCCAACCUCUCAAACCCCCCAAGCUCACCACGUCGACCUCAAUGUCGCUGUCACUUCUCAAUUACUGCCUCAAUCACUACCUUACCAAAUUGCCGUCCUUGUACCUAAUGUCUUAUUGUCAGCCUUGAUUCACUUUCAAAUAUUUUCACCCUGUACGCGUCCCUUGUGCACGCAGCGUGAAGUCACCGCCCGUUGCGCGACCGCGGCAGUCAAUAGCACUUCACCUUCACUUCCCGCAGCAUCGCGCAUCAUGGCAGCGACUCCUCCAGCCCAGAUUACGACCACCCCCGAAACUCCUCUCACUCCUCUCCACGGCGCUGCCUAUGAACGUUUCGACCCGAGACGUCCUACCCGAUCCAGCGCAAGAAUUGCUUCAAGAGAACACCAUUCGACCCCGGACGCUUCGCGGAGGAGCCCUGACGAUGCUUCAUUAACGACGCCAAAACGUUCAAAGAAGUUCACUGUCACUUCACCGGGCCUUCACUCCCCUCAGUCGACCCCCAAAACUAGACCUGCGCGACGUGUACAGGUUCUGUCCCCGCCUUCUCCUACCAUUCAUCCAUCCUCCUCAAAGCACUCUCAACCUUCCAGAGCAAACCUACAAGCUUUGGCAUCGUCUUCAACCAUGAUUUCUCACGGCAUGUUACCGACUCCGGUCAAGACACCCAAAAAGAAGGCCAUAUCCAAGGUCAAUGCCACAGCUCGUGCUCUCUUCCAAGAGCCCACUCAUGUAGCAGGUGGUGUUGCAGAUGUUGAGCCUAGCCCACGAAGAAAUCGGAAGGGCAAGCGAUACAAUGGUUACUCUCUGGAGAGCUUUUCAGUCGAUGAUGAGGGCAGCCGAGGUCAAAUCCAGAUCUUCACCGAUUCAAGGGAUAGGGUUCCACAGGUCGACAAGAGCAAAUCCAAUCCAUUCGUAGAGAGUGCUAUGGAUGGUGAAACUGUGUCUGCUCGUAAAAUCACCGGAACCGCGAAGCGACGCAAGGUCAGCACAGAAACAAGAAAGAUGGAUUCCCAGGUGGAAGAAGCACUCAAAAAGGACGAGGGAAUGGUCUACGUGUUCCGCGGCAAGAAGGUCUAUAGACGAUUCAAUGACGAUGACGAUGAGGAAGAAGAGAUCAGCGCUGAAGACAUCGAAGAUCUUGGUUUGUUGGAAUAUACUCCGAAAGGAUCCAAGAUCAAGCCAAUCCGUACGCUCACAAGACGCUCAAUCAAGCCAACACGACUAUUCCAGACGGAACAAGAGGAGCGAGCCCGUGAGCUUGAGAAAGAAGAAGAAGCAUUGACUGAUAUUGAAGAAACGGCUGAUGUCAACGGCGAUGACUUGUUGACUGGAGACGUCGAAUCCCCCAGCAAGACAACCCGAUCAUUGCGCUCUGCUGCCAAAGGAUCUCCACACUCAGACGAAGAAGUUGGUGGAAACUCGCGCAAGAAGGGAAGCCCAUUUGAUACUUGGCCUCGUGUCAAAUCGGCGGGCCGCAGCGUCUCCUCAAAUUCGACCAAGGGAAGAAAACGAACUGCAGCCGAGGCUGUUGACAACCCGAUCUAAAAGGCAACGUUGCACCUGAGAGGGGUUUGAGUUGAGAAAUCGAUACUCGAGGCUCCGAGUUUUCUUGAUGAAAUUGCUGCAUGUAUAGGGUAUGGGUGUGCACACGACAAUGGGCUGGUGAUUGUGGACGGAGGUGGCAUGGAAUCCAGAUGCUACAGGGUACUUGUCCGUGCGCGGAUUGUCGACCAGCCACUUCGUAUCAUCAAAGCUGCUGAAGGGUGACCCGUUGACCUUCGCUUCAGGAUGACAAUACGUUCUCAUGUUUUAGGUUAAUUACAAAAUUCAGGGAUACCCAAAGUUGAAAAGCAACCAUUUUCAUUCGU